AUGAACGAGUCAAACACCCCUUCUACUCCAGACACAGAGUUCUCUUCGCCAUGUAGUCCACCGCAAAAGAUACAGUAUCUAAGAGAUACUCGUUCUGCAGCAAAGGAGAAGUUGGCACAACUGACCUUGGAAGAAAAGGUCUCCCUUCUCACAGCUGCAGACUUUUGGAGAACAAAAGCCAUUCCAGAGAAAGGCAUCCCCUCCAUCAAAACAACAGACGGUCCUAACGGCGCACGCGGCGGUAUCUUUGUCGGUGGCACAAAAGCCGCCUUAUUCCCAUGCGGCAUCUCCCUCGCAGCAACAUGGAACAAAGACCUUCUCUACCAAGUCGGCCAACACCUCGCCCAAGAAGUCCGAGCCCGCUCAGCAGAAAUGCUCCUCGCCCCAACGGUCUGCAUGCACCGCCAUCCCCUCGGCGGUCGAAACUUUGAGUCCUUCUCUGAAGAUCCGCUUCUCACUGGAAAGUUGGCUGCGCAGUAUAUCAAGGGUCUUCAGGACAGGGGUGUUGCAGCUACCAUUAAGCAUUUCGUGGGUAAUGAGCAAGAGACCAACAGACUCACGAUAGACUCGCUCGUUACAGAGAGACCUCUUCGUGAGAUUUACCUCAAGCCGUUUGAGAUUGCUGUUCGAGAAGCGAAUCCUUGGGCUGUCAUGUCGUCGUACAACCUCAUCAACGGCGUCCACGCGGAUAUGAACAAACACACCCUAAAAGACAUCCUUCGCGGAGAAUGGGGAUACGAGGGUACCGUCGUUUCAGACUGGGGCGGCGUAAACUCAAUAAUCGACUCCGUAGAAGCAGGCUGCGACAUCGAAUUCCCCUACUCUCCCAAAUGGCGUCUUGACAAGCUCAUCGCAGCCGUCAAAGAUGGCCGUAUGUCGAUUGACUCUAUUGAUCAAGCAGCAGAGAACGUGCUUGCGCUGGUGGAACGCCUCAAGGGUGGUGAUAUGUCUCCAGAACAGCCCGAGCGUGAAGACGAUCGUGAAGAAACGAGACAGUUGAUCAGAGCAGCUGGUCACGAAGGUCUCACUCUUCUGAAGAACGAUGAUGGUAUUCUUCCACUGUGUCCAAAGACUACCAAGGUCGCCGUCAUUGGACCGAACGCGAAUCGUUCUAUUGCUGGUGGUGGCGGAAGCGCGAGUUUGAACCCUUACUACAACACCAUCCCCCUGGACAGCAUCCGCAAGGCAUCGCAACAAAAAGUAGCUUUUGCACAAGGCUGCCAUAUCCACAAGUGGCUCCCCGUUGCGUCGGAGUACUGCACUGAAAAGUCAGGCAAACCAGGCGUUCACAUCGACUGGUUCGCAGGCGACAAGUUCGAGGGUAACCCCGUGGUGACGCAGCGUCGAACAAACACAGAUCUCUUCCUCUGGGAUUCAGCGCCCCUGAAUGAAGUCGGUCCUGAGUGGUCCGCCAUCGCAACCACGUACCUCACGCCCAAAACAACAGGAAAGCAUACUAUCAGCUUCAUGAGCGUAGGACCAGGCCGACUCUUCGUCGAUGGGAAAAAGGUUCUCGACUUGUGGGACUGGACAGAGGAAGGUGAAGCUAUGUUUGACGGCUCGAUUGAUUAUCUCGUCGACGUCGACAUGGAAGCUGACAAGGCCGUUGAGCUUCGUGUGGAGAUGACCAACGAACUUCGCCCUAUUUCCAAGCAGAAGCAGUUCGGCAUCACGCACAAGUACGGCGGUUGUCGCAUUGGUUUCAAAGAGCAGGAUAAGGUGGAUUAUAUCCAACAGGCUGUUGAAACGGCGCGUGAUGCUGAUGUUGCGGUUGUUAUUGUUGGUGUAGAUGCUGAGUGGGAGUCUGAGGGGUAUGAUCGUCAGACGAUGGAUCUUCCUGCUGAUGGAAACCAGGACAGAUUGAUCGAGGCGGUGGUAAAGGCUAACCCGCGAACUGUUGUCGUUAACCAGUCUGGUAGCCCAGUGCAUAUGCCGUGGGUUGACCGAGUACCUGUUAUCCUCCAAGGCUGGUAUCAAGGUCAAGAAGCAGGCAAUGCGUUGGCUGAUGUGCUCUUCGGCAUCGAGAACCCAAGCGGCAAACUCCCAAGCACAUUUCCCAAACGCAUCGAGCACACCCCAGCCUGGCACAACUGGCCGGGCGAAAACCACAAAGUCCUCUACGGCGAAGGUCUCUACAUCGGCUACAAGCACUACGACCACGCCAAGAUCGAGCCUCUGUUUCCUUUCGGCCACGGCCUCUCCUACACAACCUUCGAAUACGGCCGUCCCGAAAUCACCCCCAAAACACUAACCCCCAACAGCGAAAUCACAAUCACCCUCGCCAUCUCCAACACAGGCCCACGCGCCGGUUCAGAAAUCGUGCAGAUCUACGUCCACGACGAAAAGAGCAGACUGCCACGCCCUGAAAAAGAGCUCGUGGCAUUCGAGAAGGUGUUUCUUGAAGCUGAGGAGACGAGACAUAUUAGCAUCAAGCUGGAUAAGUAUGCUGUUGGGUAUUAUGAUGAGACUGUUCCUGGGUGGAUUGCUGAGGAGGGCACGUUUAAGGUGUUGAUUGGAGCGUCGAGUACGGAUAUCAGGCGAUCGACCAAGUUUAGUGUGAAGGAGUCGUUUACUUGGGUGUUCUGA